UAUAUAUUCACGUUAAUCAGAAGAUUAUUGAAAUUAGUGAUACAGAGUCAAAUGAACGUUAUAUCUACAAAGAAAAAGGAAAAUGGCGAGAGGAAAUCAUUGAAUCUCAGGAAACAAUCAGAAAAAGCA